UGAAAAAAAUUCCUUAACAAGAAUGAUAACCGGAAAAUUCCAAUGAAGAAUUAAUCAUCAUGUAGACUCCCUAAUCCCUAUAAAAGGGAGACUGAAGUCAUUCGCUUUGUGAAGGACAAAGAGAAUAAGUACUCAUUGAAUUCACUACAUAAAUUGAAAACUCUUUGCUUUCUCACUUUUUCACCCAAAAUUGAACUUCGAAAAAAGAAGUGAAAUAGAUCAAGAAUGAAGUGCUCCACUAUUUUCCUUCUCUUCUUAGUGGCCUUUUUCAUUGCUGGAAAUGAAGAGGUGACGGCACAAAGGUAUUGUGAUAAAGGAAUUAUCAAGACUUCCCCUCAAUGCCUUCGAGAUGAAUGUACCUCCGAGUGUCAGCAACAGUUUGGAAAAGAUGCUCACGGGCUUUGCGAUUCUAAUUCCUGCAGAUGCUUCCAGCCUUGUUAAAUUUUAAUCGUUUAACAUUAUCAACAAUAACUUUUUUUAACGAUAAUGUUAUGUCUUGUAAGAGAGUGGUAUAAGAUUUACAAUUAAUUAACCUUUUUCAAUCAAUUCGAAUUAUUAGAACGAAACAGUUUAUGAAAUAAUAUUAGAGUCUUCAAUCGAGGUCAAAUAUUCAUUAACAUAAUAUCAAAGUCUUUCCAUUCUCUUUAAACGAUGGUAAAGCAAAUCUUGAUGAGAAUGUCGAGUCCAAAAAAAGAUGUAAUAAAAUAUUUUGGGCAAA